GUCCUUCCCCCCAGGCUCGGGUCCGUCCGCCUGUGGUCCAAUUCGGGUGGGAUGUGGCGGGCGGCGUUCGGUGAUCGGACGCCAACGACCAGAGCGGCAGGGGGAUCUGAUCUUAAGCCCCGGCUCAUCUUCCGGCUUCCGGAAUUUUUCCCUUUUGUUCUUUUCCCUCUUUUCCCUCAUCGCGUGAACUCGCUGGGAUCAUAUCGGCGACGCACUUUAUUGAAUGGGGACAGAGAACGAGCUGGACGUCGAGGGGCAGACGGAGCCUCCUAUAUGUGGCUUCAAGAGUUCCGCAUCCUGCCCUCCUCCAUCGCCCACCCUCGCCGGGACCACCGGAACGGACGCCGAUGCCACCGACGCCGAUGCUGAUGCCACUGUCGGUCGUGGCUCCAUUAGCAGCACCGUUGACACGGCUCCCGCUUUGACUACUGAGUCCGCCCACACACUUUCCGUGCCAGAUGUCUGCGCCCUGCUCGAGACAGACCUUGAAAAUGGAAUCGACGGUUCCGAAGCUGCCCGCCGCCUGCAGCACCAUGGCCCUAACAAGGUUGAGGGAGCUCGAGGGCUAUCCGUGUGGACGAUUCUCAUGAGACAGGUGUCUAACAGCCUGACUCUUGUCCUCGUCAUCACGAUGGUCCUGUCCUUCGCCAUUGAUGACCAUAUCGAAGGCGGCGUUAUUGCCGCUGUCAUCCUGCUCAACAUGGUGGUCGGGUUCAUCCAAGACUUCCGCGCCGAGCAGACUAUCCAGGCGCUCUACGCGCUUUCUGCACCCACGUGCAAGGUAAUCCGCGCUGGCCACACGGACAGUAUCAAGGCCGAAGCCUUGGUACCCGGUGACCUGGUCAAGCUCGGAGUUGGUGACAUCGUCCCGGCCGAUCUCCGGCUUGUGCACAGCGUCAAUCUGUCGACUGACGAAGCAUUGCUCACUGGAGAGUCUGUCCCAGUGAGCAAGCACGCCGAGAUCAUCCUCAAGGACCGCGAUGUGCCCCUAGGCGACCGCCUCAACAUGGUGUACUCGGCUAGCGUCGUCUCGCGCGGCCGUGCUACCGGCAUCGUCGUCGCCACGGGCAUGACUACCGAGGUCGGUAGGAUCGCGGAACUCUUGAGGAAGAGCAGGGAAAACCCGGCCGACAAGCGGACGACUGUCGUUGGAAAGGCUUGGGUCAAGGUCCGGAAUGGCGUCCGGAUUCUGCUCGGCCUCGACGGCACGCCCAUGCAGGUCGCCCUGAGCAAGUUCGCCCUGCUGCUGUUUGCUCUGGCUAUUACACUGGCCAUCAUUGUUUUUUCUGCCAGCCGCUGGCACGUCACGAGCGAAGUGCUGAUCUACGGCAUCUGCGUGGCUGUUGCCGUCAUCCCGGAAUCGCUGAUUGCCGUCCUCACCAUUGCCACGGCCAUUGGCACUCGCGCUAUGGCCAAAGGCAACGUUGUCAUCCGCAAGCUCGCCGCUCUCGAAGCCGUGGGCGGAGUCACAAAUAUCUGCUCCGACAAGACCGGCACACUCACCCAGGGCAAGAUGGUUGCCAAGCGGGUGUGGCUUGUCGACGGGACCGAGGUGUCCAUCCAGGGCACCACCCACCCCUUUGAUCCCACCGGCGGAAACGUGCGCGUGGGCGACGAGGUGUACACUCCCAAAUCCCCAACGGCCGAGAAAACCGCGGCCCAGCUAAAGGACUUCCUCGAGACAGUUGCUCUCUGCAAUAACUCGAUUGUCACCAAAGCUGAUACUUCUUACACGGCCAUCGGUGAGCCCACCGAAAUUGCUCUCCAGGUUCUGGCUAUGCGCUUCGGCAUGGGCAAGCCCGAGCUGCUGCAGUCGGGCAGCCACCAACUUCUGGCCGAGUUCCCCUUCGAUUCGUCUUGCAAGCGGAUGACGGUUGUCUGCAGUGACGGGGCAGGUGCGUUCGCCUACACCAAGGGCGCCCUCGAGGCCAUGCUUCCCCUGAUGGAUGUUUCUGCCGAGCAAAAGAACAUCAUCGUCUCCAAGGCCGAAUCUCUAGCUAGCGAGGGCCUUCGUGUGCUCUGCAUCGCUAGAAAACCUACGAAUCCUCAAGACUAUGUUUCCCAGGGCGCGACAGCCGAGCCGGAAAAGGUUGCUCUACAGGUAGACGAGAACUCGGACCAGCGUUCAUCCGUCGAGAGAAACCUCACCUUUCUCGGCUUGGCUGGUCUCUAUGAUCCGCCUAGACUCGAGUCUGCCACAGCCGUCAAACGGUGUCAGCAAGCCGGCAUCACCGUGCACAUGCUCACCGGCGAUCACGUCAAGACAGCGACAGCCAUUGCUUACGAGAUCGGCAUCCUGGACCGCGCCAAUCACGACAACGAGAGAGACAUCAUGGUUGCCGGCGCAUUUGAUAGCCUCAGCGAUGCUCAGAUCGACGAGAUGGAGCGCCUGCCUCUUGUCCUCGCCCGAUGUAGCCCGACGACCAAAGUGCGUAUGGUGGAAGCCAUGCACAGAAGGAAGGCGUUUUGUGUCAUGACCGGAGACGGCGUGAACGACUCGCCUGCGCUCAAGAAGUCGGAUGUCGGCAUUGCUAUGGGUUUGAACGGCAGUGACGUUGCGAAGGAGGCAGCAGACAUGGUCUUGACUGACGAUAACUUCGCCUCGAUCGUCACUGCCAUUGAAGAGGGCAGACGUCUAUUUGACAACAUCCAAAAGUUCCUCCUCCACCUCCUAGUCUCUAACAUCGCCCAAGUCUUCCUCCUCCUCAUCGGCCUGGCCUUCAAGGACCCGCGCGGCGUCUCCGUCUUCCCACUAUCGCCCCUCGAGAUCCUUUGGGCCAACCUCGUCACCUCCUCGUUCCUGGCCCUCGGCCUCGGCAUCGAGGACGCGCAGCCAGAUAUCAUGCAACGCCCACCUCAUGACCUCUCUACCGGCGUCUUCACGCGUGAGCUCAUCAUCGACAAGUUCGUUUACGGUACGGCCAUGGGCGGCCUGUGCCUUGCCGCGUUCACGUCGGUUGCCUACGGUGUCAACGGGCCCAAUGGUCUGGGCAUCGGGUGCAACGAAGAUUACUCUGACGCGUGCAGCGUCGCGUUUAAAGCGAGAGCCACGACGUUUGCCACGUUGACGUUCUUAUUGCUAGUGAUGGCAUGGGAGGCCAAGCACUUCACCCGCUCGCUGUUCAACAUGCAUCCCGAGAAGUACUCUGGUCCGUUGUCUGUCUUUAGAACAAUCUGGCAGAACAAGUUCUUGUUUGGUGCAGUUACGGCCGGGUUUGUGGUUGCUUUCCCGGUUAUCUACCUACCGGUGGUGAACAGGAUUGUAUUCAAACACGAUGCCAUCACCUGGGAGUGGGGUGUUGUAGCCGCGUGUGUUGUGGUGUAUACCGCCAUCGUGGAGAUGUGGAAGGCGGUGAAGAGGCGGUUUGGGCUUGGGUCUGCCGUCAUCAAGCCGCUCGUUGAGGGAGAGGCAUAGUAAAAACGGGAGGCACCAUGAGCGAUGGCAAAGCGCAUCGACAAAGAAAGGGGGGGUGGGGGAGCUUCGAGCCUUGGUUCACUCGUUUCAUGUUGUUAUGGACGGACAGGAGGGGGAGCGUGACGUCGUUUCGGCCUGUCAGACACGGCCAUAAAGAUUGGAAACUUUGUCUGGUUUUAUCUACUUCUCUUCCCUUCUCUCACUCCUUCGGACGGUUUUUGC